AUGGAGGAACAGCAGAAAGCCAUUCGUAGCUAUACAACAAGCCAUGCCUUUGUGGGAGGAGCGGGUGGUAUGUACCUUAGCCCAGCACAGUGGAAAGUAAUUUCUGUCUUGUGCAAGGUGCUCAAACCCUUCAAAGUAGCCACCUGUGAAGUGAGUUCCGAAACUGCUAGCUUGAGCCAGGUGAUUCCCCUAAUUAAGCUUUUGGAAAAACAACUGAAGAAACUGAAGGAGGAAAUAAAACAAGACAAAUCCGCAAAACAUGCCGGACUUGUAUAUCAAGUCCUUUAUUCGCUUUGCCAGGAUCCAAGGGUUGCCAAUAUCUUGAAAUCAGAUCACUACAUUUUGGCAACCGUGCUGGAUCCUAGGUUCAAGUCAUAUGCUGUGUCUUUCUUUCCCACUGACACAGAUCUUAAGAGAUGCAAAGAGCUCCUGGUGAGCAAAAUGAGCCUCUAUCCUCCCGUUAUGAUGAACAUUACAGAUAUCCGGCCCAACAUAACCCAGGUGUCCGGUUACAGCAACCACGAGAUUAUGAGAUUGAGCCUUUUAGGAAUAACGAUGAUAUGUUUUGUCCUCUUCGUGUUGGUGAUGAUACUUAUGCUGAGCAUCUACUUCACCAAAAUCCACGCCCGAGAAGAAGCCCGCUACCUCCUGUUUGCCCACAUGCUCAUCACUGACUUAGUUUACCUUCUCUUCAGUAUUUUCCUGUUUUAUACUUCUUUCUAUCCAAUCACCUUCUCUGUACCAUUGUGUUACGUUUUAGUCACUGUGUCUUCUACCUCUAUGAAGGUCACACCAUACAACCUUGCCGUCAUGUCCUUGGAACGCUAUGUGGCCGUAUGUUUCUCACUGAGACACGGAGAGAUCUGCACCUUACACAGAACUGGGAUUGCCAUCGGUAUAAUAUGGACAAUUGGGCUUAUACCUAAUGUCGCUGAUUUGAUUGUUCUAACCACAUCUGUAGAUAAGGAAUUUUUCUCCCUUUAUGUGACUUGCAGCCGUACCAGACUAACCAUAACCUCAGUGCAAAGCUCCAUAAGACUCUUCACUUACUCCCUGACUUUCUCCUUGGUGGGGCUGAUCAUCAUAUUCACCUACAUCAAGAUUACCAUGGUUGCUUUUAAGAUUGACUCAGGAAAGUCUUCUGCUUUCAAGGCUGGAAAAACGGUCAUGCUCCACGCGUUUCAGCUGAUGCUAUGUAUGACGGCUUUCAGCUAUGGCAUUUUAGAUGUGGUACUGAAAGAGUAUGUUGCCUUAUUACCAAUCAUUAACUUUUGCUUCUUCAUGUGUCUACCAAGGUUCCUCUGCCCCCUUAUAUAUGGAAUAAGAGAUGAGCUCUUCCGCCAUCGCAUGAAAAAAUAUUUGCUCUGCAAAGCUUAA